AUGCUUCCAUUGUAUCUCUUAACUGCUGCCAAGAACCAACCUAUUCUCGUUGAAUUAAAAACCGGUGAAACAUACAAUGGCAACCUAACCAAUUGUGAUUCAUGGAUGAAUCUAACACUACAUGAUGUUAUCCAAACCAACGCCGAUGGUGACGAAUUUGCCAAGAUUGCCGAAAUCUACAUCAAGGGGAUGCACAUCAAGUAUUUGCGUAUACCCGAUCAAAUCAUGGAUCGUGUCAAAGAACAACAACAAAUGUAUCAUCAGCAGCAGCAACACCAUCAGCAUCAUCAUCAUUAUGGACAAGAUAAUAGAAAUAGGUUUGUUAAAAGAAGAGGAGGAGAUGGUAGAGAUAAUCGAGGAGAUGCUGCUGGUGGAAGAAAUAAUGCCGGUAGUGGUAGAAAUAAUAGAGAUAAUGGCGCAAGAGGCGGUAGAGGGGGACAAGGCGGCAGUAAUAGGCCCAAUAACAAUCGCAGAGGUAAUCAGUAA